UCCACCCGCGUGACUAUGACGCCAAAAUGCCACUCCCGUGACGUCAGUGGGCUGAGGCGGAAGAAGAGCGUAGAGGAAAUAUCGAGGUGAAGCGACGGAGUUAGGCGGCUGCUCGAACCUACUGCCUUUGAAAAAUAAAUCCACAGUCUGUUAAGACUUGUAGGCUGACUCGUUUUCUGUCAGGAUGGAUCUACUGUUUGGGCGCCGGAAGACCCCAGAGGAGAUGCUACGGCAAAAUCAGCGGGCUCUGAACCGUGCCAUGCGAGAAUUAGACCGUGAGCGGCAGAAACUGGAGACCCAGGAGAAAAAGAUCAUUGCUGACAUCAAGAAAAUGGCUAAGCAAGGACAGAUGGAUGCUGUGAAAAUCAUGGCUAAAGAUCUGGUGCGAACAAGGCGCUAUGUUAGGAAAUUCAUCCUGAUGCGGGCUAACAUCCAGGCAGUGUCCCUUAAGAUACAGACACUCAAAUCAAACAACUCCAUGGCUCAGGCAAUGAAAGGUGUCACCAAAGCCAUGGCUACCAUGAACAGACAGCUCAAGUUGCCUCAGAUUCAGAAGAUCAUGAUGGAGUUUGAAAAACAGUCAGAGAUCAUGGAAAUGAAGGAAGAGAUGAUGAAUGAUGCUAUUGAUGAUGCAAUGGGAGAUGAAGAGGAUGAGGAGGAAAGUGAUGCUGUUGUCUCCCAGGUGUUGGAUGAGCUAGGUCUGACACUGACCGAUGAGCUGUCAAAUUUGCCUUCCACUGGUGGUUCUCUGAGCGUGGCAGGAGGAAAGAAAGCUGAAGCCUCAGCAGCCCUUGCCGACGCAGAUGCUGAUUUGGAGGAGCGGUUAAAAAAUCUACGGCGAGACUAGGAGAGCAGUGCCCAGCUCCCUUGCCCUCCCUUAGCUUGGGUGGCUCUUCAGCCACUCCUGGUGUUAGGAUUACAACUCUGCUGUGGCAGGGAGUCCUAGCUUCGCAAGCUUGUGUGAGGUUGACCGUGGGGGCAUAAGUGGGGGGAAAGAAGGGUUAAACCAAGCUAUAUGGUGCUUUUAUAUUCCCUUUUGAUUUGAAAGGACUUUCAGCAUCACUUGGCAAAAUUAUACAGCAAUUUUUUUUCUUUUUUCCCUAUCAUGAAAAUGCCUCCAUUUCCAUGAGGCUGGAUAGCUUGGGAUCUAAAGGAAGUUUCCUUCCUGGGGGGAGGGCAAGAGUGGGUGACAUUCCCUACUCAAUACUGUGUUCUUUUAGUGAUGAUGGCAAGGUGAGGAGAGGAACACGGGGUACCUUGGCUGAUAUCCUGGCCAUAGAAAAGUGGCCAAGGACUUUAUGACUUUUCCCAUUAAAGCUUUAUAUAAAACACUACCCCUGGGGGCAAGCAGGUAGGCAGGCUGGCUGGCCUCCACAUUGCAAUUCUUUGUCUCUUGUAAUAAAGGUUGUAGUUCGUUCCUCUGGCAUCUGCUGUUGCACCUGAAAUGGAACAAAAUGAAACUGGCCCCUGACCACAGUAGUCCUAAAUGUCCUACACUGCAUAUUGGUCUCUCUUUGUGCAGUUGGUGACUUUUGGAGCAGGACAUGUUUUAUGUGAGAAAUUUAGGUAGAUUGCCUUGGUUCUAGAUGUUUUCCUUUGCAUCUGGGAGUAUAUAAAGACCAUUGUAAGUGUCUUUUUAUUCUACAUAUGUUUGAAAAUACGGGCUCAGUGAGUUGUAGGCAGGAUAGGUGGGUUAAAGCAAAGGAAAGACUCCUACAAAUUUGGUUUGGAGCAGAGAGCACUAAGGAAAUACCUACUUGAAUAGUGCAAAAUUAAGCUGUGAGAUUCAUUUCAGCAGAAUAAAGUGAUAGUUUUGACCUUUAUUGCAAAGGAAUUCACUUGUCCUCUAUAACUUUGGAUGUUAAAUCCAGCAAUCCCGGUUGCUGUACGGAGACAUCAGGGACAGAAAAAGGCUGAAAGAGAGGAAGAUUUCCCUUGAGUCCAGCCUGUGGGCAUGCUACAGGAAACCUGAGUGCCUCCUGUGGAAUCAGGAUGCUGGAUGAGAGGCUCUUUGGCUGAUCUAGCAGGAAUGCUUUGCGUUACUAGAAUCCAAAAGAAAGGUGUACACAGUUGUGCCGGGGAAUUGUUCAGAUGGAGUUGGGGCUUUGUUGAAGAGCUCCAGAAGAUGAAGGGAAUUUGUGAGGCCUGCCGAACCUAUUUUAUGUGCCCAAACUAGCUUCAUUCUAGACAGAAAACGGGAAGAAGGAAUUUCUGGGAUCUCUUCCGUUUUUGUUCACCUGAUAUAUAUUGACUUUCUGCAAAUGAUCCAAGGAGGCUGAUUUUCUUUUUCCUUGUCUUUAUUUUUAAUUAUUAUUUUUGGAGGAGGGGUGCUUCUGAUUCCCAGGAUCCAAGGUGGAAUAUCAUCUGAGAUCUGAAUUGUUUGGAAGCACAGUAUCCAGGGUGUCCCAGGGAUGGUGGAAGUGGUGGUACUGAAAGAUGCCCGAUCAUGGGAUGGGUCCGGUAGGUUGUUUGAUGUAAAGCUCUUCCGCAGGUUUAUUUUUCCUUAAGUGCUGCUGCACAAAGCAAAUAUGGCAAAGAUGAGGGUCCCAAAAUCUGGGAACAUUAUGCCAUUAAUGGAAAAUCAGAAGACUUCCAACUGAAUAAAGAACAAUGACUCAAUAAUUUAACAUGUCCAGUCAGAAUAAAAUGCAGGGGCUUUAUUGAAGUUGGGAACUCCUGUUGCAGCGCCUGCUGAGAAUAUUGCAUCAGUGCUGAGCUUUCUGUUGGUUGAGCACUCCGGAGUCCCUAUGGGAAAGGAAACAUAGCUGGCUGGGGUGUCCCAGUGAUUUGGAGGCUGUAAAAAUAAUAAAGGAGAAAAUAAAUAGAGAAGUAUAGGUAUGUCUUCCACUGCUGUGGGAUGUAAUGCUUCUUAGGCUAAGCCAUACCUUUCUUGGCAAAGAGGUAGGGGGACAGCUGCUAGCAAACAUUUGGAUUCAUUACCACAAACUAGGAUAAUAUGGAGUUUGUUGGCUUGUAAUCAGUAUAUCAGCGCAAUCAGUAUAUGGUGGGAACCCAACCAUUGAUUUCAGUGUUGUCCAAAUUGGGCCAUCACAUAGUACAUGUAGAUACAGCAACUGUAUUUGACAGCCAAAUUAUUUAGGAAAACUAUUUCCUCCUGUAGUUUUGGGGGGCUUCUGUGUCAGUAUCUGAGUUUGGAUUAAGGGUUGCUAAUGUUUUCUCUUGCAGGAGACAUAUGUCUUUAAUAUACACUGUCUUGCAAAAAUCUACUUGAAGCUUUUGCCUGUCUUUUUAUUUUCCUGUGUAGAAAGUAUGUGUGGAGUCAAGCAAGAUUCCUGUGUUCAGACCUCCCCACUAGUGGCAAUACUGUUUAUCUUCAGAAAUUCCUUUCUAACAGAAAUGGGAUAAGAUGGGAUUGUCAUUCAUCCCACAUUCCUGGUAUUCAUCCCCAUUCUAUAAAUUGUUUUCCCUGUUAAGCACCCUGAUAUCAUGGAAGCCUGCAUUUAAAAAAUGAAGUCAAGGAAUAAAGUUUUGUUGUAGUAACUGCUACA